UUCCAGUUUCGUUUUAAACUCUAACUUCAAUACCAAACCUGUUUGAAUCAAAGUUUCAAAGAGAAUCAUCCCAAAGAAGAAGAUGGAAAAAAUCCCAAUCUGGGUUCUUUUUGUUUCAUUGUUUCUCGUCAUUCAUGUGACAGAUUCAGUGGAUGAUGCAGACAGGGAUUCGUUGGUUACAUUCUUUACAGGGUUGUCCAACAACAAUGCGCAGUCCGACCCGAAUAUCGGUUGGAAUUCGAGUUCGGAUCCUUGCAGGAAUAAGUGGAAGGGUGUAGUUUGUGACAAUAAGACCAACAGUAUGGUUAAGAAAAUAGUGCUUGAUAAUUCAAGUUUAUCAGGUUUUCUUAAUGUCACUGCCAUUUGUAACGUUGAUUCCAUUGCUGCAUCACUUAAUCUUCUUAACCUUAGCUUGAACAACAUUGGUGGUGAAAUCCAAGCUGAUAUUGUAAAGUGCAAACAGUUAACUCGUUUGUUCUUGGGAGGGAACCAGUUCACUGGAAAACUUCCCGAUUCAAUGGCAAUGUUAGGUAACCUGAUACAACUUGAUAUAUCAAACAAUAGAUUUAGUGGUGAAUUGCCAGGUUUGGCAAGGAUUUCAUGUCUCCAAAUGUUUUUAGCUCAAAACAAUCAGCUUACAGGGGAGAUCCCAGAAUUCGAUUUCUCGAAUCUUGAUCAAUUCAAUGUCUCAAACAACAAUUUCCAGGGUCCGAUUCCUGAUGUGAGUCAGAAAUUCCCUGCAGACUGCUAUCUCAACAACCCUGGAUUGUGUGGAGAAAUAUUGCAUAAGACAUGUCCACCUUCAAAAAAGAAAUCAAGGGGUGUUUCCAAUAAGGAUAUCCUUAUGUUCUCAGGUUAUAUUGCUUUGGGAUUGAUUAUUGUUGGUUUGAUUAUUAUCAUGCUCACUAGGAAGAAAGUGGAAAGUGUUGAAGCUCCAGCUCCAAGUCCAAAUAAGGUUGCAUCAGUGGAUGACUUUGUUGACACCAAACCUAGUUUUACAUUGGCUGAGUUGAAAACAGAUGUGAGUAAAUCCGAGUUUUCGAUCAAUUCAACCGAGAGUACAAUGGUCUCGUCUUCACUAGUGGUUCUGACCAGUCCUACAGUAAGUGAUUUGAGGUUUGAGGACUUGCUUAGAGCUCCAGCUGAGAUGCUUGGGAGGGGAAAACACGGUACCCUUUACAGAGUCAUCUUCGAGAAUGGGAUGGUGUUGGCUGUGAAAAGGAUUAAAGGUUGGAUGAUUCCGAACGAUGAGUUUAAGCAGAGAAUGCUGAGGCUAGAUCAAGCGAAGCAUCCGAACGUCUUGCCACCUCUUGCCUUCUAUUGUUCGAAGCAUGAGAAGCUUCUGGUUUAUGAAUAUCAGCUGAAUGGAAGUCUCUUCACUCUUCUCCAUGGAAACCGAUCGGGACGAAGAUUCAAAUGGGCCAGCAGACUCAGUGUUGCAGCCAAAAUUGCAGAGGGAUUGGCAUUCAUGCACCAUGAACUUCAUGGCGAUGGAAUCCCGCAUGGUAACUUGAAAUCCUCAAACAUCAUGCUGAAGAGCAACAUGGAACCUUGCAUAAGUGAAUACGGACUCAUGGCCAUGGACCCUCAAGAACCCUCUUCAAUGCAGCAACAUACCAAGGACACUGCAGCUAGUGGUUUCAAAGCAGACAUUUAUGGCCUCGGUGUGAUUCUGCUUGAGCUACUUACCGGAAAGUUGGUUCAGAACGACGGAGUCGAUCUAACUUCAUGGGUUCAUUCCGUGGUUCGGGAAGAAUGGACGGUCGAAGUUUUCGAUAAGGCAUUGAUUUCUGAGGGUGCGAGUGAAGAAGAGAUGCUGAAUCUGCUGCAUGUGGCUAUCAAAUGUGUCAACCAGGCUCCCGAGUCAAGGCCAGGCAUUAACCAGGUUGCCACCAUGAUUAACGCGAUUAAGGAGGAAGAAGAUAAGUCUCCAGUUCAUGAACCUUAAGCUGGGGACUGCUUUCCUCCAUGGAUCAUGAGAUGAAGAUUCAUUAAAAUGAUUAUGAAGGAAAUUACCAGUUCCUUAUGUUUUCUUUAAGAUAUUUCAUUUACAAUUAGUUCAGAUUUGAGUAAAAUUAGGUUAUGCAGAUAAGAUUUGUACUUCAAACUGAAUAAUUGACCAACAACUCCUGCUUUCACUCUCAUCUACGUUGUAUUAAU